GGGGCUGGCAGCGGGUAUAAAGGCAGAGCUCCCCGGAGCGGCCGGCGCUGUCCCACCGCCAUGAGCCCCUGCCCACCCGGCUCCCGCUCCCUUAAAGCGCGGCAGCCCCGCGGUGGGAUGGAGUGAGCCCGGAGCCGCUCUGCUCCCUCCUUCCCAGCGCCCCUCGGCUGGCUCCGGAGGGAGGCGACGAGCCCGCAGCCGCUUGGAUGCUUUGAUUCCUUCCCUGCCCGAACCGCCUCCUGCCCAGAUGCAGUGGAUAAUAUUCAUGUUGCUGUUAUUCAUCAGCUCCAUGGAAAUGCUCACGCAGAACCGAUGGAAGAAGCAAGCGAGCGCCGGCCUGCUGGAGAACUGCACGGGCUGCGUGCUGUGCUCCGAGGACAACGGCUGCAUCACCUGCCACCACCGGCUCUUCCUGCUCAUCUGGAGGGACGGCAUCCGCCAGUUCGGGAUGUGCGUCCACACCUGCCCCCCCGGCUACUUCGGCGUGCGGGGACUGGAGGUCAACAGAUGCACGAAGUGCAGGUCUCCGAGCUGCGAGAGCUGCUUCAGCAGAGACUUCUGCAUGAAGUGCAAAGACAAGUUCUACCUGCACAAGGGCCAGUGCUUUCGGCAGUGCCCCCCCAGCACCGCGGUGCAGCCCGGCACCCGCGAGUGCCAAGAAACGUGCGAGCCGGGCCCCUGGAGCGAGUGGAGCCCCUGCACCCACGAGAGCCGGACCUGCGGCUGCAAGUGGGGCGUGGAGACGCGGGUCCGGGAGGUGUCGGGGGCCGCCCGGGAGGAAGGAGCCGCCUGCCCCGCGCUGCUGGAGACGCGGAAGUGCCGCAUGAGGAAGCACUGCCCAGGAGAGAAAACCGAACCCAAAACUAAAGGCAAGAAGAGGCAGAAGAAGCCGAAGACAGAACCAGAGGCGGCUAGUGGCACAGAGGACAGUGGGACGCCAAGGAUGGGACCCCUCUGGAGACCAGCCCAGUGCUCAGCAUCCCCCCCCACAGCACAACCAUGGACCAUAUCCUGCCAUCGUCAGGCUUACAGAAGGGCUGGAAGAACUUCUCUCCCCAGCUGGAUGUGGGCAGAGGAAUUUGGGAUCCCAUAGCCACGCUCGGUCCAGGACAAGGGCAUAUAUGAUGCCACCGCAGCGACUGGAGCAGGGAAUGGUGCUGCCUCCAGCAUUGCCCGGUGGAUGCCCUGGGAGCAGCCUCAUGCCAGCCAUCAGCAGGGGUGCUGAGC